CAGAAAAAAAAUAAUAAUAGGAAACGGUGCAGCAUUUACUCGAACAAACGUGUAACAGAGGAAUUACUUGGGCUGAACAACGCUGAACAAAAUCAUCACCGCCCUGCUUUCUUCUCCAUCUUCCAUAAUUAGUGUCAUUCCAGACAGGAUCGCAGCCCAGCUGACGUUUGCGUGAGAGGAGGAGUCGCCUGAAGUCCCUCAGGAUCCAGCAUCACUUUGAGAAAUGUUCAAGCAAGUCACAGUCUCCAACUCCCGAGGUAUCCGAAGACACUUUUCUCACUAUCAGCAUGUUGGUCAGAUCAGUCUGAACUGAUAAAGGGAGCUCAGCGGACGGGCGGGUCGGGAGCACAAUGAGUGUGAAGUGAACCAUGAAUUGUGGGCGCAAUGUUUUGAUGGAGAAGGACUUUUUAAGGAUCUCAGUGCUGGGCGAGUUGCAUCCAUAGGAAAGAAGACGACUUUCGGCCGGGAGACGCACUCUUCAGACGGACAGACGCGCAAAUUCUACUCCCUGCUGCGGUGCGUUCAUUUAGCAGCCGAUACGUUUUUAUUUACUAAUGGAUGAAAUAACUUCUCGGACAAGUCGCUUGAUUUUUCUCCUCCCAAUUUCCCACCAAGCUUUGUAUUAAAAGCACCGCGUGUACACCAAACAGCCAUCAUAAAGAAGUCAGACAUGGAAAUGAACGAGUCCCAGCAAAAACCCUACAUCCACCACGUGGAUUUCGGCCCGCUAAAUGACUUUAUGGAGGAGAACGAAACCAACCUCACCACCGGAGAGCGGAACUCUCUGGGCUGCGUGCAGAUCCGCAUCCCCCAGGAGCUCUUCCUGGCGCUGGGGCUCAUCAGCCUGGUGGAGAACAUCCUGGUGGUUCUGGCUAUCUAUAAGAACCGCAACCUGCACUCUCCCAUGUACUACUUCAUCUGCUGUCUGGCCGUGUCCGACAUGCUGGUCAGUGUCAGCAACGUGGUGGAGACCAUGUUCAUGCUUCUCAACGACCACGGCCUGUUGGACGUGCACCCUGGCAUGCUCCGCCACCUGGACAACGUCAUCGACGUGAUGAUCUGCAGCUCCGUGGUGUCCUCGCUCUCCUUUCUGUGCACCAUCGCCGCGGACCGCUACAUCACCAUCUUUUACGCGCUGCGUUACCACAGCAUCAUGACCACGCAGCGCGCCGUCACCAUCAUCGUGGUGGUGUGGCUGGCCAGCAUCACCUCCAGCAUCCUCUUCAUCGUGUACCACACCGACAACGCCGUCAUCGUGUGCCUCGUGACCUUCUUCUGCACCACCCUGGUGUUUAACGCCGUGCUGUACCUGCACAUGUUCCUCCUGGCGCACGUGCACUCCCGGCGCAUCAUGGCUUUCCACAAAAGCAGGCGCCAAUCCACGAGCAUGAAGGGAGCGAUUACCCUCACCAUCCUGCUCGGGGUCUUCAUUUUAUGCUGGGGGCCCUUCUUCCUCCACCUCAUCCUCAUCCUCACCUGCCCCACCAGCCCCUUCUGCAACUGUUUCUUCAGGAACUUUAACCUCUUCCUCAUCCUCAUCAUCUGUAACUCUCUCAUCGACCCGCUCAUCUACGCGUACCGGAGCCAGGAGCUGCGUAAAACCCUGCAGGAGCUGGUCCUGUGUUCUUGGUGCUUCGGCGUGUGACAGCAUGUACAUUAAGGAUGAAAACGAAAGCAUCAGGUUAUCAACAAUGUCGGCUACCUCUUCUUCGCGAAUCAACAUUGUGUCAGAGGCUGAAGUAGCCUAAGCCGUGGCUAAUGCAUGCUUGAACUGGCAGAUGAUGCCCUUUUUAUAGGCUUACAACAAAGACUGUCUCUGAUCAAGAUUUUUGUACAUCUCAUCGGCUUCGGUUUUACUUGCACAGGUUCACGCACUGCCAAACAUCUGGACAUGUAACAAUCAUUAGAUUGGAACUCAUGGACGAAAGAGUCAGGUGGUCACUGGACUCAACUGACAAGCAUUUUAUUUUUGUUAAAACAAAUACAAAUAUUAAAAAGUCUUUCCCUCUGUAAAUAAACUUGGGUUUCCUUGGGUAUAUAAAAGUGCCUUUGUUGGUCGAAAUAUGUGAACUGUGCUUUUAAAAGUUACCUUUUCAGAAAUCAAGAGAAGAAACAGAACAUCUGGAAAACUGUUAAAUUAUAUCUCUAUUUCAUUAAAUAAUGUUGUUGUAAUGUAGUGUGUCUGCAUUUAUGGCCUAUAUAACUUAUUGGACACAGCCAAUGAGACAUUAUUAAGACUUGGUGAAUCUGCUCAUUAAUGACAAAAUGUCUCUGCAUUAUGCCAGAAGCUGAAUGUUUUUCUUAGGGAACUACAUUUAAUAGAACUCGACGAAGUUUGAUAAAAACAAGCUUUAAAGACAUUGUGAUGUGUUAUAGCCUAGAGAAGCAGCCUUAUUACCACGUGAGGUCUGGUGUUUGAUGUUUUUCCUGUCCGGGCCCUUUCAUUCAGUUGAACGCCGUCUGUUUCCUACUGUUUCAAAAGAAUUGCCUCAUUUGCGCAUCGCAUCAUCCGAAAAAGAGAUGCAUUAAUUCUAAUGAGAAUAAUGUUUACUUAAUCUACAAUUUAUUAUGAAAUUUAUUGAAUUUAGCAAUAAAUGGGUCUGGAUAAGUUGAUGAAGCGUGGUAUUGAAAAAGAGCAGGUAAGAGGCCAGGUGAAAGAAAAGCGUUAAAACGAUCCGAAGCGUCUUAAAACGCUUGUUGCAGUCUAUUUGGUGGCUUUGCGUGAGGAUUACUCCCCCACAUGAAAUGUCCGGAUGACUGAAGGAAAAAAAGGAUGGGCUAAAUCACAUGAACGGCCUCGUUUGGUUGUAGGCCUGAUGCCUAGGGCAUAAGAGGGUUUAUGAAAGAAAGCAUAUCGAAGUUAAAGCCUAUUUCUGGACGUUUGUGCGGUUCUCUGAAAUAUACAAACGGGGGUUUGAGCCUGAUUUCAGUUAUGUAGGUCAAACAAGUGAGACAUUGGCGCUGAUGCCCUCUGGGGAUGUUUUUGUAAAAUGUAUAUUUUAUUCUAUUAGACCAAUGUUUUUUUUUUUUUCUAUGUAACUGGCGCAGAAGUGAAAGCCAGGCAAAUAUAUGGAACCACCAAAAGACCCCUUAAGAAAAUUAAGAAGCUAACAUGUUUAAUCUUUAUUUUACUUUUAAUUCUUUUGAUAUCCUAUUAUUUAUUGAUCCUAAGGAUAUGAUGUAAAUAGGACCUUCAUUUUAAACUCUAAGUGAAAGGCAGUUAUAUUACUGUAUUUGAGCCAUAAAAUGUACAUUUUUUUUCUCCCAAUACACAGUCCUGGGGCAUAAGUGCUUUGGCACAAUUGUUUCCAAACUGAGUGAAAAAGACUCACAGAUCCCCUAAAAACAAUUAAACUUUACUGGUUAAAUGAUGGAAAUGUGAUGUAAUGUGAAAUGUGCAUGUUAAUACUGAGAAUAAUGUUGUACACUGUAGUACUUGAAUAAUUGCCAGAGUAUUUGCUGCUGAAUAAUAUAUCAUUUACACAGUCCCCACUGUUAUCACUGAAUUCAGUCCUUGGUAUUUUUCAGUGUCAUUUUUCAAUUGAUUUAGAAUGGUCACUUACUUUACUUUUUCUUUUUUUGUAGGUUUAGUAGUAUUUUUGUUUCAUAACUUUAUGUGUAACUUCUUUUUUGUGUGGGAGUUGUUAUAGAAGAUUGUGAAUGUACAGAAUGGUUGUCUGGUAUUAAAGAUAAUAGCACUGUGGCACUCAGUACUUGGUUGUAUCCAAUAAACUAAACCUGGCUCAACAAUUGUAAAUGCUCUGGGUAUAAAAAAUAACAAGUUGUACAGUUAUAGAAG